AUGCUCCGCCGUCCUCCACGGCAGGCAGUGUCGCGGCGAUUUGAGCCCAGCAGAGCACAGGACGAGGUGCGGCCGUGUUGUGGUGAGGCCCGUGGUGGUGCCUGUGGCGGCCGAGGUCGCUUCGUCUCGCGACUUUUGGGCGUGGUGGAGAGAAGCGAGCGACAGUCGAUCCGCACGAAAACACAGCACACAGCACAAUUGCGACAAUGGAAUCGUGAGAGGAAGAGAGCGAGGUUGGGAGAGAGGGCGACGGGACUAUGGCACUGCUGCAGCUUGGGGCGCUGUCCGGAGCUGCAGCGGGUCCUGCGUCAAUAUGCAGCUGCGAGCUACGUGUCAAAGCGCACUAUGCCGGAACAGCACACACGGCUCUGCCCAGCGCCGCGAGAGCGCGACGGGCCCGCCUGGUGCUGGCUGACGAGGGGUCCUAGGGGCGCAGGGCGUCAUGUCUGCCAGCUGGCACCGGGGCUGGGUGGGAUCGCAGAGCACGAUAGCCGUGGAGGAGGCAUGGCUGGGCGACGGUGGGAGCGACAACACCACGGCGAGAUGCCCCGUGUGGGAGGCGUUCGCGUAGCUGCAGCACCACCUGGACAAGCCUGCUCGGAUUCCAGGGCGCGAACUGCUCGAGCUGGCCCGGGGAUGUGCAGGGCUGCCUGCCACGACACCCCUCGGUGGGGGAGAGACGUCGAGAGCCGCUCUGGUGCGUCGCUCUCACGAACCGUGGGCCUUUCGCCCUCCGUCUCUCCCGACGACCGCUUCAACACCCCGCCGGACCCCACGAUGCUCCCGGCGACAGGGACAUGGCCGGCAGUUCGCUCGGGCGCUGUCGACAUGCGGCACAGGACGACCAGCGACCGCCCGCAGCGGUUCGCAUCGCGCUGCUUUUUCAAUUGGCGGUGUAGCUCUGCUCCCAUUGGCCCAUCUCUUGCAUCUGCAGCUGGGCCAGCCUUGUGA